CUGCCAUGUGAGUCUGCAAAAUGAUACUUCCCAAUCACACCACCAUGAAUUCCACAGUCAGUACAAUAGGUUGGGGGCAAGUGCCAACCGCAAUUGUUCUCACAGUCCUCAUUAUUGGGACUGUGUUUGGAAAUGUGAUGGUGUGUCUAGCUGUCUAUUUCAACCGGCGGCUCCGCAACCUGACAAACUGCUUCAUUGUCUCCUUGGCCUUCACAGACUUGCUGCUAGGCCUCAUGGUGCUACCCUUUUCAGCCAUCUAUGAGGUCUACUCCCAUGAGUGGAAAUACAGUGUCACCUUGUGCAAUAUCUACAUCAGCUUGGAUGUCAUGCUAUGCACAGCAUCCAUCCUCAACCUCUUCAUGAUUAGCCUUGAUCGCUACUAUGCUAUCACAGCACCUCUCCGCUACAACACUAUGGUCACUCCUAAGCGAGUGGCUGUGGCUAUGUUCCUUAUCUGGGUGGUGUCACUGAUGGUCUCGUUCCUACCGAUCCACUUGGCCUGGAACACCAAUGGCAGCACUGUCCAGAACACACACAAAACUGACGGGAAGCAGGAGUGCAAGCUGGAGGUCAAUACUGGGUAUGUUCUGGUGGAUGGUUUGCUUACGUUCUACCUCCCUCUGCUUGUCAUGUGCAUCACAUACUACCGGAUAUUCAAAAUAGCCAGGGAACAAGCAAAGAGGAUCAACCACACCAACAGUUGCACAACCAUCAGAAAUGCAUUACCCACUGUGAAGGAACACAAAGCCACUGUGACUCUUGCAGCUGUGAUGGGAGCCUUCAUUAUAUGCUGGUUUCCUUAUUUUACAGUGUUCACAUAUCGGGGCGUGACGGGUGAAGCGUACAAAAGCCUGAUGACCAUUGUCAUGUGGCUUGGUUACGCCAACUCAGCACUGAAUCCAGUUUUAUAUGCUGCACUGAAUAGGGACUUCCGGACAGCUUAUCAGCGGUUACUCAGGUGUCGGAGAGUGGGACCAGAUGCCAGAGAGGUGCCUCUAACACAUGAAAUGAGAAAUAAGACUUGCAAUAAGGAAAGUAAACUUCUACAGCUGCAUGCAAUGAAUGGAAAGAACCCUGUUGUCCAAGAUGGCACAGACAGGAAUCUGAACCCACCAUGUGAUAAAUCACCCUGUCCUAUCCUGCCCUGCUGUCAAAGUCUCUGUUUGGCCAAGGUUCUUCCCAAGAGAGAUGUGUGGAGCCCAAUGUUUGAUGAGCCAGUGGCAAAUGCACGGAAGACAAGGCAACCUUCUGCACCCCAUACAGUUAUCUAUUGUGUCUUCACCUGAGCCAGGACCUGCUUUCUUAUGAAGCUGGAUGUAAAGAAUUAUGACCCAAGGUAGCCCAAAGAUUGCUUGAAGGUUGCUGCAUCGGGUGCACCAUCUAAGUCUUCUCAAGAUGGUUCGAUAGAGGGCUUACUAUGCAGGGACUUCGAUUUCCCUGAAAAACUCUUGACUAUAAAUGUGGUGUGAAUCCAAAAGUACUUGGAGAUGGGUGACUAUGUGUACCUAUAGGAUUAUCUGUUCACAUCUAGGACAGGAAAUAACCGUGGGUUGGGAGGAAGUGACAAAAAGGAAGGACUUCAUUCUUUUUGGUAUAGUCAUUACACUCCAAGGCGUUUAUUGCCCUGUUAGCCUAUAAAUGUCAUAUUUAUGCCCUGGGGAUAUUUCUUGCAUUGACAGUAUUCAAUAUGGAGUCAUCUUGCAUUUUCAACAUAGUUUGUGGUUUCCAAAACAUCUGAUAAAGUGCAUUUGACAAAUGUUUUGAAUAUUUAAUAAAUGUUAGCUUUCAGGAUUCAA